CCCGGCCCCGCGGGGCGCCCUGGAGUCGGCCCGGCCCCGCCUGGCUCGAGCGAGGGCCGCGCGGCCCCUCUGCCGCCGCGCCUCUCUCGUCCGCCCGCGGCGCCCGCGCGGGCGGGAGAUUCAAACGGCCCGAGCGCGGCCGGCCGGGUGCGCGCGGCCGCCGUGACCCCGCAGGGCGCAGACCCGCGCGCCUCGCGGCCCGGGACCGGCAGCCCCGGCUGCGCUUCCGGAGAGGGGAAAGUGGUUUUGUCCAGCAUUCGUCCGGAGGAUGCGAUUGGUAGAGCAGCGGGGAGCGGGGGGGAUCCUGCCCGGAGAGUGUGUGCCUUAGGAGCGCGAGGUAUAGGCUGGCGAGGGUCUUCUGCAGGGCAAGAAGUCAGCGUCACCAGACACCAAGAGGAAGACUGUUGAGCCUUGGAGAGGUGUGCUGUGAACCCCGCAUCAACUCAGCUGUCAACUGAUUUUUACUGUCUGUCUACUUCGUGCCGCGCUGGCAGGGCUGAGGAACAAUGGAAAGGAUGCCACCCAAGCGUAUAGCUAAGAGAAGGUCACCUCCAGAGGAUGCUCUCCCCAAAAGCAAGAAGGUGAAGGUCUCACAUAGGUCCCACAGCACAGAACCAGGCAUGGUGCUGACACUGGGCCAGGGCGAUGUGGGCCAGCUGGGGCUGGGCGAGAAUGUGAUGGAAAGGAAGAAGCCAGCCCUGGUGCCCAUUCCGGAGGACAUUGUGCAGGCUGAGGCUGGGGGCAUGCAUACCGUGUGUCUAAGCAAAAGCGGCCAGGUCUACUCCUUCGGCUGCAAUGAUGAGGGUGCCCUGGGAAGGGACACAUCAGUAGAGGGCUCAGAGAUGAUUCCCGGGAAAGUGGAACUACAAGAGAAAGUGGUACAGGUGUCGGCAGGAGACAGUCACACAGCAGCCCUCACUGAGGAUGGCCGAGUUUUCCUCUGGGGCUCCUUCAGGGACAAUAAUGGUGUGAUUGGACUCUUGGAGCCCAUGAAGAAGAGCAUGGUACCUGUGCCAGUGCAGCUGACAAUGCCUGUAGUGAAGGUGGCCUCAGGAAAUGACCACUUGGUGAUGCUGACAGCUGAUGGUGACCUCUACACUUUGGGCUGCGGGGAGCAGGGCCAGCUGGGCCGUGUGCCUGAAUUAUUUGCCAACCGCGGUGGCCGGCAGGGCCUUGAACGACUCUUGGUCCCCAAGUGUGUGAUGCUGAAAUCCAGAGGAAGCCGGGGUCACGUGAGAUUCCAGGAUGCCUUCUGUGGUGCCUACUUCACUUUUGCCAUCUCCUGCGAGGGUCAUGUAUAUGGAUUUGGCCUCUCCAACUAUCAUCAGCUUGGAACCCCAGGCACAGAAUCUUGCUUUGUACCCCAAAACUUGACAUCCUUCAAGAACUCUACCAAGUCCUGGGUGGGCUUCUCUGGUGGCCAGCAUCAUACAGUCUGCAUGGAUUCAGAAGGAAAAGCAUACAGCCUGGGUCGCGCUGAGUAUGGGCGGCUGGGCCUUGGGGAGGGUGCUGAGGAGAAGAGCAUACCCACCCUCAUCUCCAGGCUCCCUGCUGUUUCCUCAGUAGCUUGUGGGGCCUCCGUAGGGUAUGCUGUGACCAAGGAUGGUCGUGUUUUUGCCUGGGGCAUGGGCACCAACUACCAGCUGGGCACGGGGCAGGAAGAGGAUGCCUGGAGCCCUGUGGAGAUGACAGGCAAACAGCUGGAGAACCGUGUGGUCUUAUCUGUGUCCAGUGGUGGCCAGCACACAGUCUUACUAGUCAAGGACAAGGAACAGAGCUGAUGAAGCCUCUGCGGGCCUGGCUCCCGCCACCCACCCCCCCUCCUGGAACUGGAAAGCUAUGACUAUAGAUUCCAGCAGGCCUCCCCCAGCCCUGAGUACUCUGUCAUCUGCCUUUUUCCUAUCAGCAGAACAGAAUCCUUUCCCUCUUUUCUGUCCUCCUUUCCUGAGUCAUCCUACAGUCUGCAGGAUGAAGGGGGAGGGGGGAAAUGAAAAAGGGGAGGGGGUUUUGGCAGCUGGAACAUUGCUCGCCCCAGAGUUAUGUGGUUAGACCUUUCCCCCUCGUCCCUACCUCCCAUGCUCCUGGCUGACCCUGGUUUUGCCUGCCAAAAACCAAAAAUUCCUCCCCUGGGGAUUUGGUGCCCACAUUCUGAGAAGUUGGGGGCUCAUCAAGCCCUACUGUAGCCAUGUGCCACCCUCUGUCCUUCACAAUCCACAGGCAGACAAAUGGUAUGGUGGUCAGACCCAGCUGUCAUGGACUUAUGCCUGGGGGAAACUGGAGACUGGGCAGGGCUGCCCAGCCAUGGGCAACUCCAAGCCAAAUAUUUGGCCCUCAACAGAUGUCCACAGGGAAGAAAAAACAAUGAUCCUUCACUUGGUCAAGAAAAAAGCCAAUCAGCCUUUCUCCCAGAAGCACAAAACAUUCUGCCCUUCAGGCAUUGCCUGAGAAUUCUGCCCAUCCAACAUGCCUUACCUGCAGCCAAGGGCCUGAAAUCUGGAAAGGAAGCUACAUCUGCAGGGCAGGACAUGUGGGGAGUGGGGAAGGAGGGUUUUAUAAACAAAUUUAAAGCAAUACUGAGAGUGAAGGGAGGGAGGGGAAAGGGGGCAGAGGCUUGUGCCCAGAAAGGGAAGCAGCAGCUUGUACAGUGGCUGAGGAAAUAGAAAACAGUUUUGAUUUUUUUUUUAAUGUAAAGUAUUUUGGAGGGGAGAGUGAACUCUUUUAACACUUUGAAUAAAUUUAGAGUUUUAUAAAACAGGCCACUUGUUUUCUACAUACUCCCUGCUUUUUUUAAGGGAGCACCUGUGUUGGGAAGAGCAGAAUAAACCCACACCUAAGCACCUGGUCAAAGCUAGGACUUAAGUGACAUCAUGAUGUCCUAGAAUAUGCCAGUCAGCUGUUGGUGUGGCUGUUUCAUACAAAUCAAAAAAGAAAAAGAGGUGAUUGAUUUUUGCUUAGGUAUUUAUGUUUCAGGAAUCACUGGAUUUUUUAAAAAUUAUGCUGCAUAAUGUAAGAGACAUGGAAUGGAUCUUUUAAUAUCCUAAUCCCAAACCAAGAUUUGAGUACAGUGCAUACCUAUAGAUACUUAUGCUAAAGCUUGCUGUUGUAUCAUUUUUAACAGCUGACGUCAUUGGUUAAACAUAAUUAACUGCACAAUAACUCUUAAGACAACUUGUAUGUAUUAAUGUAGAUUUUCCCAGGUAUUUAAGCAACCAAAUCAUACAGCCGACCUAAUAUGGUAGUCACUAGCUACACGUGGCUAUUUACAUUUAAAUCAAAAGUUGUAAAAAUUUAAAAUUCCUUGGUUGCACUAGCCACAUUUCAAGUCCUCAGUAGUCCUAUAUGGCUAGUCUUGGGCUAUGCAAACAAAGAACAUUUUUAUAAUGAACAAUGCUGAUAUAGAAGGUCUGUUAUAUGUAUAACAGGAAAUUUUUAUUAUUGCCAGAAGGAUUCUUUUUGGAUGUUAGUAACUUGAAAAAUGAAUAUGAUGUAAAAUAAAA